AUGGGUGCUCUCAGAAUUCGUAAGCAAACAAUGUGGUCGGAUUUGCCGGAACAUUUGAUGGAGAGAAUACUGGAAUGCCUUCCAGUGGACUGCUUCUUCCGUUUCAGGGCUGUUUGCAAGACCUGGAAUACUCUCUUCUCAUCACCAUAUUUCAAUUCCAUAGCCAGAAAUAGUCAGCCAUUUCUCAUUCUUUGCCCUGCCAAAACCCAAUUGCCCUCGCUAAUCUAUUCCUUCAUCACCCACACUAGGCGAACCAUAUCUUUAUCUUUCAUACCUCAUGAUUGCCCCAUCAAUUUCAGAGGAUCUGCUUCCGGGUUGCUCUUGGCAGACAUUAACGCCAGUGUUUUCUUUGGCUUUAAUUCUUCAAUGCUAUGUGUUUGCAAUCCUCUUACCCAAACGUACACCACGCUGCCACAGAUGGUUUUUGUGAGUAGAAUUAUGGCCAAGGCAAUUUUACCAGCGGGUAAUAAGACGGAAGAAUAUACAGUCAUGGUGGUGGGCAGGAGCAGCAGUGAUAAGGUUAUAGUAGAAGCAUACAAUUCUACGACCAAGACAUGGAAAGUUGCAGGCAGCAUUCCUGAUGUGAUUAUAAGAAACGAAAACAUGUUCUUCUGUAAGGGCUCUUUGUUCUGUGUGACUGCCACUGGCGGCAUAAUGGCCUACAAUAUUGAACAGGAGAUCACCACAACUAUGGCCAGCAGGAGGACUACAAGUGGGAAGAGAUUGGGAAAAUGCCCAGCUCUGUGUGUGAGGAAUUUAGGAGUAGCUCUAAUUCAAAUUGGUUUGAGUGUGUGGGAAUGGGAGAUAAGAUCUGUUUCAGAGCUAAUGAGAGCAUGGAGAUACUUGUGCAUGAUUUGA